CAUCGUUUAUUUUUUUUGGAAACCUCAAAUUAAAAAUUUCUUCGUUUUAAUUUUUUUUUGUAAUAAUGACAGGUUGCUUCAGCUUCUCUGAAGCAAUAGAACGGACUUACAAAUCCGGUUUCAAAAGAUCUGGGUUAAGACCCGUAACCAUCGAUUUGAAAGACGGAACCGUGGUCAACUUUUGGGUUUCCAAGAACCGACCCGAAUCCAAACCGAAUCUCCUCCUCAUCCACGGUCUCGGAGCUACUGCCAUCUGGCAAUGGUACGACGUCGCUCGACGCCUCUCUCCUCAUUUCAACCUCUUCAUCCCCGACCUCGUUUUCUUCGGCGGAUCCUCCACGACCCGACCCGAAAGGUCCGACAUUUUUCAGGCCCAGACGCUCAUGCGGGCCUUAGAGGCCCAAUCAGUGAAACGAUUCAGCCUUGUUGGUCUCAGCUACGGCGGAUUCGUUGGUUAUCGAAUGGCGGCGAUGUUCGGAGACGCCGUGGAGCGGGUGGUGAUUUGCUGCGCCGCCGUUUGCGUGGAGGAGAAAGAUAUGAGAGACGGCGUUUUUAAGGUGUCGGAUAUUGAUGAAGCUUCGAAGAUUCUGGUGCCGGAAUCUGUGGAAAAGCUCCGGGAACUUAUGGGUUACAUCUUCUACAAGCCGUCGCUGCCGAGAAUGGUUCCUCCUUGUCUGCUUCAUGAUUUCAUCGAACAUGCCUUGACUAGAGACAACGUCAAGGAGAAGAGAGAGUUGAUUAAAGCCAUACCUAAAGACAGAAUAAUCUCAGAGAUUCCAAAGCUCACACAGCCAACAUUAAUAAUAUGGGGAGAGCAUGAUCAAGUGUUUCCACUAGAGAUGGGGAAGAGACUUGAAAAGCAUUUGGGAGAUAAUGGUAGACUUGUUGUCAUCGAGAGGACUGGUCAUAUCUUCAAUUUCGAGAGACCCAAAACUUAUCUCAAACUUCUUAAAUCUUUUCUUCUGCAGACGAAACAACAGAUUCCUGUCACUAAUGGAGCCGUUUGAUUCUCUUAACCUCUGGUUUUUUAUUCCUUAUCAUGUAUCCUUCAAGCUUUAGUUACACACGCGUAAUAUAUAUAUCAAAUUCACCUCCCCAUUUCGUUAACUAUAUACUUAAUAGUC